UCAUUGUCCGAUAGGAUGCUGAAGAAAUUGGGACCCUGCUGCCAAAACAGUAAAGGGCCUCAGAUCCCCGCCCCUGACAACUACACUCCUCCCUUCCCCCGUAUUGCCUACUUAUUCUUGCCUGCCUUCAGCCAGGAUCCAGGACAACAGUUAAGGCAACCCCCUCUCUGCCUUCUUCCUCCUCCCCUUCAGUUGCUAGGUUGCAUCAGCCUUCCCGUCCACCAAUUACGAGCCGCCCAGCUCUUUGGAAGUCCUCCCCCUCCCGUCGCCGAGCCCUGCGAUUGCGUCAUUCCCGCCCCUUGCCCAAUUGGCGCCCCGCCGCGUCCUUCUUCCCUUCUAGCCAAUGGUGCCGCGCCCGGCUUCGACGGGGCGGGGCAGAACGUUUAUAAGGCUGCACUCCGGCCGGCCGGUCUUCCCGUUUGCCUGGUCUCCGUCGUCAUGGUGACUGUCGCUCUCGCACCGCUCUCGCUGCUCCGGCUCUUGGCCCAGGGCGCUUCAGCGGGCCAGGGCAGUUGCUGCUGCCGCUGCCAUCGUCUUUCGCUCCCAAGAGGCGCGCGCCGGCUCCAUCUCACCGCGCCCAGGAACGAAGCUGUUGUUAUUUCUGGGAGAAAGCUGGCACGGCAAAUCAGACAAGAGGCCCGCCACGAAGUGGAGCAGUGGGUGGCAGAUGGAAACAAAAGGCCCCGUCUCAGUGUGGUUCUAGUUGGUGAAAAUCCUGCAAGCCACUCCUAUGUACUGAACAAAACCAGAGCUGCGGCUGAUGUAGGAAUCAGCAGUGAAACAAUCCUGAAGCCAGCUUCCAUCACUGAAGAGGAGUUGCUUGAUUUAAUCAGCAAGCUAAAUAACGACGCAAAUGUAGAUGGCCUCCUUGUUCAGCUCCCUUUACCUGAGCACAUUGACGAGCGGAAGGUCUGCAAUGCUGUGACUCCUGAAAAAGAUGUGGAUGGUUUUCAUGUUGUCAACGUGGGCCGGAUGUGCCUUGACCAGUACUCCAUGCUGCCAGCAACCCCUUGGGGUGUGUGGGAAAUCAUCAAGAGAACUGGAAUCCCAACCCUGGGAAAAAACGUUGUUGUGGCUGGUCGGUCAAAGAACGUUGGGAUGCCCAUUGCAAUGCUUCUUCAUACUGACGGCAGGCAUGAGCGUCCUGGAGGGGAUGCAACAGUAACAAUUUCUCACCGCUACACUCCAAAAGAACAGCUCAAGCAGCAUACAAUCCUUGCUGACAUUGUGGUUGCAGCUGCAGGCAUCCCUAAUCUGAUUACAGCCGACAUGAUCAAAGAGGGAGCUGCUGUUAUUGAUGUUGGCAUAAACCGAGUCCGGGACCCUGUUACUGCCAAACCAAAGCUUGUUGGAGAUGUGGAUUUUGAAGGUGUGAAGCAGAAAGCCAGCUACAUCACUCCAGUCCCUGGUGGGGUUGGCCCCAUGACUGUUGCCAUGCUCAUGAAGAACACCAUCAUUGCGGCAAAGAAGCUGUGGAGGCCGCAAGAGAUGGAAGCACUGAGUGCUUAAUGUUGGACUUCCGGGGCAAAUAGCAACAUUCCAAAUCACUUCCCAAACACAGCCUAAGGACAAUGCAAUAUUUAUUACUGGAUGAAAGUUCAUUGGAGAGUCUCAUUCUGGAUUAUUUAUUUGAAGCAAUUGUGUUCCAACGCAAAAGUGCCUAACACAAUACGCAGUACAUCAUGAUUCUUAUCAUUUGUUACUGCAUUGAUGUGCAGGAACCAAGCAGGUGAUUAGAAUACAGAGGAUGGAUAGUGCUAUCUCCCAAGCCCAGCUGGGAGGUGUAACUAAGGGCCAAGAAUAUGUGUGCAUUGUACAAAAUGUCCUAGUGUGUACAUGGUACAAUUUCAAUUAACCAACUUCAACUGAACCCAGGAAAUAAUGUUAUCUGCUAGGAUUACCCUGCAGCUAUUCUGUACUCAGAUGUUGCUAUUUUCUACAAAGCCUUAUUUGUUUGACGUUUUAGUAGCUCUUGUAACAAUGCAGUUUAUAGGCUGAGUAUGUGAGCCAUUAACAUUUUUCAAAGGACUUAAAAGUUAGACAGUAUUUGAGAUCUAGCAUUGCAUUAGCCAUUAUGAACUUGGGUAAGAUUCUCUGCAUUAGCCAUUAUGAAUUGGGUGAGUUUCUCUUGGGCAAGGUUCAAGCUUCCUUGCUCUUUACAUGAGCUGUUCCUGGAAGCUUGGAUUUGCAUCUGAAUAAAAAUAAUUCCCAAAGCA